ACGUUGUCGGAGUGAGUGCUGAGUCACAUAUCGUGAACGAUCUCUCUCAGGAAGGUGCGCGCUAGUUCGUUUCUCCGUGAAAUGGAUUGCAUUGUAUCAGUUUAACGUUAUCAUUGUUAGAAUUAUAACGUUAUUGAAGCGAAAUGAUUUAAGAAAAGAGAUACUUGGCGCUUGUCGCGGGCCUCGAAUGUUUGUUAAGAAAAAGAAAUUAUAAGCAUUUCAAAGCGCGAUCUAGUUUGUGGAUCUGUCAAUUUUCUAUUAUUUCGUGAAAUUUUUACAUAUUACAUUAUUUAUCAUAACUUGUCAAUGUAAGGGCAGUGUUGUCACUAAUUCAAACGUGCACCUUCUUGAAUUGUCAAACGAAAUUCGAGGCAUGCGUGGGACGUGCGCGACGUGCACUGAAGUUUGACGUGGCCAGUGUGUGUUUUGAGGUUAUUUUUGUGUUCGUGUAACUGACCUAUACUUGUUUAAAAGAGAGCACAGGAUCUUUAUUUUCAUCCUGACAGUCCGUCGAAUAAGUUGCUCUUACAAGAACGUUGCAAGUCCCUCUUACCUGGAUUUAAAAUUUGCAUCAAUUAUACUGAAGAAAGAAGAUUUGAAUAGUGAUGUUUAACCUUAAUAACAACUGAAACUUGGGUUUUAAUAUUUUGUUAUGGGAAGAUAGCAUAUAUAAAACUCUGUUUACAUCAAAUUAAAUGAAAUCUAAAUAACAGUGCGAACAUUAUUGAACAUUUAACAUUAAUCUGAAGUGAUAAUCAACAUUUCAAUAUGAACUGUUGUUUGCUCGAAACAUCUUAUUUAUUUUUUGUAUUUAACAUCACUGCCAAGUCACUGUGACAAUACGUUAAAUUACAUUGGACUGUAUAUAUAUUUGACAAGUGGAAGUGAUUUAACUCAAGAAGUCACAAUGUUAUGUAUAAAGAAAUUAUAUCACGAAGAACUGCUGCAGCUGGCAUUGCUGCUUUCUUUACUACGAAUAGACCCAGAAUCCUACCUUGGUUUGGAUAUUCAAACCAUUGGUGUAGGAUCACUGGAUCUAAACAAUGGUUCAAGAUGGCACACCGAUGCUCAUACAAUAGUACAUCGUCCUAUAUUUGUACAUCCAAAAAAUUUAGACUCCAUGCUUUUAAAUUAUCAGAGAGAUUUAUUUGAAGACUUAAAUUCAUUAGGAAGAUACAAUAGAAUAAAUUCGGGCUUAAAUGAUAUCCAUGCAUACUUGUUAAACAUCGAAGAAUCAGCAAGAGACAUGGCUAUUGCGGGACCCAGUAUAUCGCUUUCUACUAAUCCAGCUCGAAAUAUGACAUCACCAGAUCCAGCAAAUUCUUCGCAAAUACCCAAUGAACCAACUAGUACAGCGGAACUUACUCAAGAGGUGUGUUCUCCACGCAGAGUGCGAAUAUCGAGAAGGAAGUUCAUUAUUUUUCUUUUGCGAUUUUCCGAGGAAUACCUGUGCACGAUUACACAGAGGAAAAUGAGCCUGGAUAAAAUAGUUAACGCGGACAUGGAUUUAAUCGAGGUGCUUUGGAAACAAGACGUGGAUCUGGGAUUUACACCAUUGAUAGAGUCCACUGCUCCUCCAAAGAAGCCAUCCACAUCGGAAAAGGAAACCGACGAUGAGAUCGAAAAACUAAAGGCUUUAGAAGCGAUUAAUUCGAACAACGAAAAGAAAGAUACAAGGGAAUUUGAAGAUCAGCCGGAUGAUCCAUGGGCAGGUCUUCCUUAUACUGUUGAUCUCGAAACUGGUGAAUAUAUUCUCAAAUCUACCAAUCAAGGGGAAAGCGGAAAUAGCGCUGCCGAAGAAGACGAUCAGCUUCUCGCGGACGCGUCGUUGGACUUAAACAAUCAUCCCUUAGCUGGAUUAACCGAUGAUUCUCUGGGAUUAACCGAUACCUUAGAGCUCGAAAAUGAUUUUCCCUCGGACUUACUCGGAGGUGGCCUCUUAGGAAGUGCUGCUGUAGAUGGUCUUCUGAACAACGAUACCUUGGGUCUUCCCGACGGAUUCAGUCUCGAGGAGGCGCUUCAACUCGUUGGCCUCGAUGAGGCUCAAUCAGAGGAAACGAAGUCGGAAGUAAAGAAGAAGAAGAAAGAAGACGCCGUCGCGGAAUCCGCGAGUGCGAAAGAGGAAACGGCCAUUACUAGCUCGAGCACCGUCGAAGUAUCAAAGUCACCAAGGUGCGAGGAUCCUGAAACCGGCGACAUGAUUCACACACCGCAAUUCCAUCAUCCCCAUCACCCGCACCAUCGUUCCUUCCAGGGUCGCAUGCCAUUUAUGCGUGCUAUGAGCAUGGAACAACGAUGGCAGGAUUUGGCAUCCCUACUAUCUCUACCCGGUGCACCGGAACAUUUUGCACAUCCUGCACAUCCUGGAUACCCAGGGCACGGUAUAAGUCACAGUCAUUACGAAGCACAACGUAAUGUAUUACUUCACAAUGCCACAUUGGCUCCACCUGUGGGUGAUCUAAAUUCUACGAACCCCUAUCACAAUGUUGGUGGGUCUUCAAACCUAGGUUCAGCGGUGGCAACAUCAAUGAAUUUAACGAACAGUAGCGAACCAAUUGGCGCCGAUAGUGGAACAACUUAUAAAUCUGAACCAGCUGAUAUGAUGUAUUAUCAUGCACCAACUUCCGAUUCGAUAAAUCAAACAACCGAUGGUUUCCUUUCGUCCCUUCUAAAUGACGAGGACCUGCACCUGAUGGACAUGGCCAUGAACGACGGCAUGUACACCAUGCGUAUGUUAGAUAAUGGUAACAAUAACGCUUCUGGUCCAACGGGAGCAGCGGCCUUGUCAGGAGUUCAGCCAGCUGGUGGUACGACUCCAUCGGCAACAGGCGUUACGACACUUCCGGGUGUAACAGACGAAAGGAUGGAUGCAUCCAGCGAUAGUGCUGUCAGUAGCAUGGGCAGCGAGCGUGUACCAUCCCUUUCGGAUGGCGAAUGGAUGGAAACUGGAUCUAAUUCCAGUCAUACGCAAGCCGAUUCUCAUUACACUAUGGACUAUGCUAGCAAAUUUCGCAUGUCAUACGAUUGUAGCUACUCCGUUUCCGGAAGGAACGCCGGUUCUCCAAGAUGUCAAACCGAGCGUUCCAUGCCUCCGGUUGCUCAGAAAAAGCAUCAAAUGUUUGCAAAACGAUACUUCCAGGAACAAGGAACUGGUUCACCUUUGGGAGCUACAGCACAUCCGACUACUCCAAUGAAGUAUGACUACGACUCCCAUACAGUUGGUGCUGGUGCUCCAGGAAACGCUUAUUCAGGGCCAAUCGAGGGUGCUGCUGGACCACAGCCGGAAAUGAAAUACAGCUGUAGCGUAGAUUUCACCCGUCAUCAAUCAGGACGUUCCGCUAUAGAACACGUCCAUCAUAAUCACACGUAUCAUUUACCCGCGGAAAGUUCCGGAUCUCUUCAGCGUCCUGUCUCCCGUGAUAAAAAAGUACGCAAAAGCGAGGGCGAGGAACAUUUAACGAGGGACGAAAAGAGAGCCAGGGCGUUGAACGUGCCCAUUCCAGUAAACGAUAUUAUUAAUCUUCCUAUGGACGAAUUUAACGAACGUCUUAGCAAAUACGAUCUCAGUGAAGCUCAAUUAUCUUUGAUACGUGACAUCAGAAGACGAGGCAAGAAUAAAGUAGCCGCUCAAAAUUGUCGUAAACGUAAACUAGAUCAAAUCAUAAGCCUAGCCGAUGAAGUGAAAGAGAUGAGGGACCGGAAGAUGAGACUCAUCCGUGAACGAGAGUUCAUGCUCAUUGAAAGGCAACGUGUUAAGGAUAAAUUUAGUCAACUUUAUCGUCAUGUGUUUCAAUCUCUGAGAGAUCCUGAUGGCAAUCAAUAUCAUCCAUACGAAUACAGUCUUCAGCAAUCGGCUGAUGGAAAUGUGUUGUUAGUGCCAAGGAAUCAAACGAAUCCUCAUCAUCCUCGUUCCACGACGAUGGAACCGAAAACGAAACCUGAUCCUGAACACAAGGAAUGAAGCUAUCAUGGAAUCACGUUUAAAAACGUUUGAUUAGACAAAUUUUCUUGAUACGGUGAUCGCACUUAAAAGUAUCCUGACGGAUGUACGCGGUGCUAAGAAGAAAACACUUUUACAGUUUUAAGUACAAUAAAAUAAAUGAAAGGUUCAUCUUGAAAGAAGCUUGGUUGCUAAUAUUUUGCAUCAUGUUCGACUAAACAACGAAAUUUUUUAGAUAUUUCAGAGACUCGUAUCGAUUCAUGCUUUUCUUUAAGAUAAUCACCAAACAUAGAAAUACUGAUUGUACAUAUAGUAAUAUUGCAUAAAGAAAUCAAAACACUACACAAAUAGAAGAAAAGUAAAUAACACUCUGAAAAUUUGUUAUAUUUAAAUAAAAUGAAUUUAUUUAUUAUUUCGAACAGUGAUAUAAACAUGAGUAUACGUUUAAUGUUUCCCAAAAAAUGUAGUACCAUAUAGAAUACAUUUUUCAUUUCUUUUUCUAUUAAAACUCAAGGGAACAGUUAUAAUAUUCUAAUUCAAUUAAUGUUGUCGAAUUUGGGAGCUUCGCGAUGAUUUUAAUUAAUCAUUAUGACUUCUCGGGUUUCCAUCGUGUUGGUGUUUUGGUUGCUUACCCAAUACAACCGAAACAUCAAGUUAUGUUAUUCUGAUUUUCUUAUGUUUUGUUGUUCUUUUUCCUUUGAAAUAUACAGGUGAUGAUUUUUAAUUUUUUAAACCAUGCAUAUAUAGAAGUACGUUUAUUAGGUGCGUUUAUUGAAAAGUUUAACACAUCUCCUUCAGUUAUUUCAUCUAUGAAUACAUUAUACAUGAUUUAAUCGAUAUGUAAGUGACAUAGAUGUUAAGUGUUUAAGAUCGUAUUGAAGUGUGAUUAAUUAAAAGAAUCAUAAUCGAAUGACGUUACUUCCAAAAUUAUUAAACUUGCCAAACAUCAUAUUGUAUUGAUAAAGGUACAUAGAGCGCUGUCAUGAGUCUGUUGUACACGACUCAAUGCAAGUGAAGUAAAAAAACAAUUAUAUAAUAAUGCCAGUAAAAUAAAUAAUUUUAUUGCUUUAAAUUGUUCGUAACUUGAUGACAAAAAUGUCAAUAAGGUGUAAUGCAGAAUUAGAUUUGCAUUUAAAUUGGAAAUUAAAUGAAAAGAACAAUCGAAACGAUAAAAGGCAAAUGUCAGAAACCUUGAAUGUUAUACAUUGUUCGAUGAACUACUUAAUAUACUGUACAAAAACUGUUCCAAAAAUAUUACAUUUCAGUCCAUACAAGUAUAUAUAUCAACAAUCAACUGUAAUAUACAAUGAUGAAAAUAUAGAGUAAAUAAUGUGACUAUGUGCAUACUUUUAAAGCGAUGUGUUGUGUACUGUUACAAUAUUAAUAAUAGUAUUGAUUAAAAUACGAACAGACGUAAUAAAUACACAUAUUUUUAUAAAAUAAGAAACGAGUAAAGUUCAGGUAUGUCACAUUUGCCUUUAUAUGUAUAUAUUAAUGUAGUUAGAAUAAUUUUCUAUAAAUAUUAUAUAUAUAAAUAGAUAUAUAGAGAGAACAUAUGAAUGUAUGUACACGCAUAUAUGUAUGUAUAUAUGCGUAUAUACAGACACGUUAUUACGAUAAAAAUAAUUGAAAAGGAUAUGCUGUUUAUGCCGACAAUUUAUAACAGUCAACUCUUUAUUAACAUUUACAUACACAAUUGUAUUUAUACUAUUGGGUGUAGGCUGCCUUCACAUACUGUACUUAGCGAGCGGAGACCACGUUGUUAAGAAGAACUAUCAUAAAAAAAAAAAAAGAAUAAUUUAUAAUUACUCUGUUCGUGGACUGUACAAACGAACCAGAUUUAUAUGAACCUUCGAUUUUAUCCGAUCAUAUUUUAAGAUCUUUCAUGUCAUUAAAUUUCUAUAUUGUAUAAAUAAAGCUGAAUAAACCUUUGGGGAAAGUACUGUA